UAGGAAAAUUUACAUUUGAAUAAUGUUGUCAGCCAAAAUGUGUGAUUGCUAUAAGUAAUCAUCAGCUUGUAUUUUCAUUAUUAGCCAUUUAAUGGUGCAACUGUGUUUAUGUUUUGUACGUUUUCGAAGACGUGACAUCGACUAUGACAAAUCUGUGUCAUAUGAUGACAUGAGUCCACUUGGACUCCACUUUUAUCCAUUAUUAAGUUCUGUGGCUAGUGGAUUGUUAAACCUUUAUGCAUGGCUGACCUUUUUCACUUAAAUGUAAUUUGAUCAUUUCAAACGCUGAUUUGAUAUCUGCCAUGCACAAUGGAUACAUGCUAAGACUAUGGCCUGUAACGGCCUGCCUGAGUAUUUUAAUGAAAUGUAUUUGCACAGGAUAUUUUAUCGAACAUAUUUUUACCAGUACCAAGUGCCUUCUGUUGUAAGGUCGUUAUUGACGAAAUACAAUGUAUUAAAUACAUUUGGAUGUAUAUUAUAUUGUCAGUUCAUUUAUGUGUAUUUUACCAAAUUUAGUUCAAUAGGCUUCUAUCGUAAAUGUUUUUUUGUUUUUUGUUUUUUACAUGUUUUUGACGUUGAGGCUAAUGUCUCAUGAAGUCUUACCAUACAACAGGACGUCUGUCAAUGUGACCGGAAUGAGAUUUAUAAAAUUGAGGACUGUGACACAUAAGUCCAAUAAAGAGUGCAAUGACCAAAGUGUGUACAGUGUAUUUAUUUAAAGGGGAUUAAAGAGUUAGUUCACCCCAAAAUGAAAAAUAUCAUUAAUCAAUACCCUCAUGUUGUCAGAUUUAUGUUAAAUUUAUGUUAUCAAGUUCUAUGGAGGGACAGAAAGCUGUCAGAUUUCAUCAAAAAGUUCUUCAUUUGUGUUCAGAAGAUGAAGAAAGGUCUUACGGGUUUGGAACGACAUGAGGGUGAGUAAGUAAUGACAGAAUUUUCAUUUUGGGGCGAACUAACGCUUUAAAAGUUUUUACAUUUAUUGUCACAGGGGUAAAUGUUUUGUUAGUUUAUACACGUCAAUCAGCAGAAGUAUAUUUGCUUUUAGUAUUUCGACAGAAAAUGAACUGCUUUCCAUUAACUAUGUAUGGAGAAAUUGCAGCCUACUAGCCCAACCCCCUUCCGCAGUGUCAGUAAACACCUGUAUGAGGUGGGAGGGGGCGGGGCCACCUAUAAUUCUAAGGCAGCUUUAAGGCUCAGGUUUUCAGCUAAAUGGGCCACAUUGAUUGCCCUGAAUCCAGAUGCACACACACACCAAGACAUGGAGGUGAAACUUUCCAACGGAUAUGGCUGGAAGAGAUGCAGUUUGGCUCAGGAAAGAGCCUCACAUGGGUGUCACUUUAAAAAAGGAUUCAUUCUGCUGCUCACAUUGACAUUCUUAUUGUCUGCCAUUAAUUACUUCUCUGAUUUCUCUCUCAAGUCUGCUGUGCCUCCUCACACCUUGUAUAAAAAUGUGGUAAAUCAGAUACGCUCCUAUUACAUGGUUAUUGAGUUCCCUUCUGGCCGUGAUAACCAAACAAUAUUUUUAGCACCUGCACCCGCACCCAAAGCUAAUCAACAAGUCCAACAAACAGCUACACAAAUGCCUACACAAACCACAGACAUUUCACUACAUUAUCACAUAGCUCAUCCAAGCAAUUAUCAUUUCAUCCUGGAUGAACCUGAUAAAUGUAAGCAGAGUCCGUUCCUGGUCUUGAUGGUUCCUGUUGCGCCCAAUGAGGUUGCAGCUCGUAACGCCAUCCGGAGCACGUGGGGGAAUGAGAGCACAGUCCAGGGAAAAGCAGUGAUUACGCUGUUCUUGGUGGGUUUGACUGGAGGAUCCGACUCUGAAAAAGUUCAACAGCAGCUGGAGGAAGAGAGCCGACAACACAGAGACUUACUGCAGAGCAACUUUGUGGACUCGUACUUCAACCUUACCAUAAAGACGAUGGUGAUCAUGGACUGGCUGGCCACUCGUUGCCCUCAAGCGACUUUCAGUAUGAAGGUUGAUUCUGACAUGUUCUUAAACCUGGAAAACCUGAUGACCCUCCUAAUGGCACCCGACACACCCAGACAGAACUACAUCACUGGAGUGGUGAUGCGGAACCGGCCUGUCAUCAGAAACCAAAACUCAAAAUGGUACGUGUCAGAGGAGCUGUACCCCGAACCGAACUACCCCACGUACCUGCUAGGAAUGGGAUAUGUUUUUUCCAACGACCUGCCAGAAAAAAUAGUUGAGGCUUCCAAGGUCGUAAAGGCCUUUAACAUAGAAGACGCAUAUGUGGGUGCUUGUCUGAAACAGUUGGGCGUUGCACCCUCAUCCCCCCCAAACCCUUCACAGUUUAAAACCUACAUGGGACAAUAUAAACGAGAGGAUUUUUUUGGGGUCAUUACAACAAUAUUGGGAUCCCCACAGCAGCUAAUAGACAUCUGGAAGGACAUAAAGAGGCCCACAUAAAAGGAAUCAAAUUUGAAUGUUUAUUGGUUGCCUGAAUUUUAAAGGGCUAUUUGUAUGUAUAGGUCAUGAAGUAAAUAGUUAUUUUUAAAUGUAUAUUUUAACUUAUUUUUUCCUUUUAGAUUAUGUUUUAUGUGUGUGUGUG